GUUUUAGUUGCAGUUAAUUCUGGUGAUUCUUCUGAAACAAUGCAGAGUGAAUAUCCCAGAUCAAGCCAUAGUUCUUCAGCACCUGUUAUUAAACUCUAUAGUUCAAAAAAUGCGGCAAAGUAUCCGAACUCAUUUGGGUUAUGAAGUCGGUGUGUUGCAUCUUUUUGGCACCUUCUUGCGGUGGCAUAAAGGAAACAUUUGAUGCAUUGUUUCCAGGGGGUGUUCCAACUGAUUUUUCUUUAAGCCCUAAAAAGAUGCGAUAUUUAAUAACUGAUGCACUGGGACCACAUUUUCAACAUAUGAUCUCAGAUGAUGUGGGAACCUUCUUUUAUUCAGUCUGUUUUGAUGAAACAACCAAUGUUGAAGACAAAAAGGAGCUCCAGAUAUUGGUGAGAUAUUGGUUAGAGGGUAGAGGUGAAGUAGUUUCAAGACAUUUGCAGACAUUCUUCAUCGGGAAAGCUGAUGCACAAACUUGUCAUGAAAAAAAUCACACUGCCAUCAGUAGGGCAAACCUGCCCAUUCACAAGCUGCUGCUGAUUGGUUCAAAUGGACCUAAUGUGAAUAAGAAAGUUGACAGACUUUUCAAUGAAAAUUUGAUUGAAAUGAGGUCAUGUGGAUUAGUUGAUAUUGGGACCUGCCCCCUUCACAUCAUUCACAACUCAUAUCUGAAAGCCUCACAGACUUUUGGUGAAGAUGCAUCUGAAUUAGCUGUUGCUGUUUACUACUGCUUUGAGGGUGGCCAGCAAAGGUAGAGGAAUACAAAAAGAUACAAGAAGAUCUCAAAUUACCUCAAAAGAAAUCCCUCAAACAUUUUCCUUUUAGGUGGUUUACAUUUCACUCUGCUGCCGAGAGGCUGCUCGAACAGUAGGAAGGAGUAAAUCAUUACUUUCUUAAAUUCGUUCCAUCAACAAGGAAUCAGGCUGUGUUACAGUCUAGUUCAUACAGAAUAAUCACCAACCUUUU